UCUCCAGCCAGCGCCGCCUCCCAAGGAGGGAGCCUCAAAACCUGCCCCAACCAGGAGGCACUCUUGCCCAGGAAGGAAGACACUCAGAAGACCAGCUGGAUCCCAGGAGAGGCACCCCAAGCCGGGCAAAGAGCUCUUCCCCUUCUCCACCAGGUCCAGGGAGGACAAGCCACCAUGGCAGGUGGUCAUGAGCCCUAUAUUGAAAUAUGUGAGCAACCCAGGCAGAGAGGGAUGCGCUUCCGGUACAAAUGUGAAGGGAGAUCAGCGGGAAGCAUCCCAGGAGAACACACAACGGAUAUCAACCGGACUUUCCCAUCUAUACAGAUUUUGAACUAUGUAGGAAAAAUAAAAAUCAGGAUCACAUUGGUAACCAAGACCGAGCCAUACCGGCCACAUCCCCACCGGCUUGUUGGAAAAGACUGUGAAAAUGGUUACUACGAAGCCGAAUUUGGUCCAGAACGCAGAGUGCUGAUUUUUCAGAACCUGGGCAUCCAGUGCGUGAAGAAGAGAGAGCUCAAGGAAUCCAUCCUCUUGCGAAUGACAAAGAAAAUCAACCCUUUCGGUGUAUCUGAAGAUCAGAUGCUGGCUGUUGAUGAAUAUGACCUCAAUGUGGUCCGGCUUUGCUUUCAAGCUUUACUUUGUGACAAACAUGGAAACUGCACAAUACCUCUUCCUCCAGUCAUCUCCAACCCUAUUUAUGACAACCGUGCCCCCAAAUCAGCAGAACUGAGAAUCUGCCGGGUGAACAAGAAUUGUGGAAGUGUGAAAGGUGGAGAUGAAAUUUUCCUCCUGUGCGACAAAGUUCAGAAAGAUGAUAUAGAAGUGAGAUUUGUCAUGAAUGAGUGGGAAGCCAAAGGAGUUUUCUCGCAGGCCGACGUGCAUCGCCAAGUGGCCAUUGUCUUCAGGACCCCUCCUUUUUACAAAGACAUCUCUGAACCCAUUACUGUGAAGAUGCAAUUGCGAAGGCCUUCAGAUCAAGAACUCAGCCACCCUAUGGACUUUAGAUACCUGCCAGAGGAAAAAGAUCCUUACGGCCACAAGACAAAAAAACAGAGGAUGCCAAUGAGUUUACAAAAGCUCAUCCAAGACUGUGGUCCCUAUGAGAAGUCUAAAGCUGGUUCCUUGUUCCAGACACCUUCCAGUGAAGGAAAGAUUAUUAAGAAAGAAGGGAAUCUGUAUCACCCUCAAACUGGAUCAGUCCCAAUGGAGAGAUCCAUGAACACUCUUCCAGCACAGCCAUAUUAUUCUCCUUCAAUAAACAACCACUGUCUCAAUGGGCACCCCGUCCCAAUGGGCCCCAUCAAGCAGAACGGAGCUCUGCCAUCAUGUUGGCGUUCCUCUGCUCCCUCCUUUGAUGGCUACCUGCCUGAAGGCAACUUCUCAGGAGAUAUGUUGGCUCCUGGUUUACAGAAUGGUGGCUCUCCAUCACUACAACAGGAGCAGAGCCUGAAUUGGGUGAACCAGAAGGACAAGAACUUCUACAGAACAUUCAUCAACACAAGGAAUGGCCCGGGGGCAUCGUUAUCAUCCCUGCCAUCAUCUUCACCACCAUCCACAACUCAACAAGACCUACUCAAUGUCUCCAAUACAGUUGCCAACCGCCCGUCUCACCCCGUCAACGUCACUGUGGCCAAUGGCCUCAGCAUGGAGAUGGAUGAUGCCAGAUGUUCAAGUGUAACCUUGGAAAAGGCCUCCUUUGCCCAGGUUUUAAAUGCAAAUUGUCAUGGGCAGCAAGUGCAACCCAUACCACAUCAUGGUACGUCAGCAGAAGCGGUUUGCAACUCAUCUUUGAAUUCCAUGUCCAAUGCAUACCAGUCGCUGCCCUUCUCUUAUCUGGAGAGCCUCAGUGAAGUGAGACCACCCAGCCAACCCGCUUUACAGAACUCAGGCAAUAUGUCCAACAAUCAGUACUUUAGUACGUAUUGCACCCAAGACGCAGAGCUCCUUAAUGCCUUUGAGGGCAGUUUUGAUGCCAUGCUUUAAAUUGUAUCAAACUUUCAGGUUGAGCUAAACAAAAAUGGCCAUGAGGUAUAUCAUGGUUUCUAUCAGUAGAAAAACCAGUUUUUCAUAUGACUGAAAUGGGAGAGGUCGUGUUUCUUUUCAGGUUACCUGUAUAUAUCAUGUUUAAACAAUAAUGUGGCUAUUUUAGGAUUGUGGAUUCAAGGAUGAUCAGAUAGCUUGAGAUAGUUUUUGUGCAUUUUUUGCUUUCUAAAAAGCAUCCCCAUGUUUGUAUUCAUGUGCUGCUGGGAAAACGUCGGUGGAGAAGGUUUACUUGGUUUUUUAAAUAACAUUUUAAAUGGUGUCCCGCUAACUCUUACUGGAUUGAAAACUAUAUUCAGAAUUUGUUUUGUGUGUUGAUAAAAGCCAGAUGGAUUCAGAAGUUGAUACAUUCCAUACAUCCCAACUUCUGAUUCCCCAUUUUUGUAUAUAUAUUUUUAAUUACCAAAAUCUCAUUCACAAUUAUAGUACACAAUUGCAGUAUAUAUCCCUCUCAUUAUAAGACGAUAAAUUUGCACAUAUUUAUUAGAUUAUAGUAUUUCAGCUGCAUAUACACUCUUUGUCAAAUAAGCUUUAACGCUAUACAUUUUCAGCAGAUGAAGAUGGACUUAGAUCAUAUUUGUUUCAGCUAUACAUUGGGACAGUAGGAUCAAUAGACCAAAUGGCCAGAGUUUUGGGUAGCCCCUAAAUCUAGUUCUGGUGCUGUUUUUGAUGGAACAGAUGCCAUUUUUUGUC